AUGCGCCACUUCACACCUUCCCAUUCUUUCAGCGCGCUCUGGCUGGCGGACGACGUGCCCUCGAAUGGGCCGGUCAAGGCUUCACGGGUGUGCAAGUUUGACCCGAAGAGCAGCGCAGUGAAGUAUGUUGAGGAUGUCGCAAUUGAUGCCGCGGGCGACGCCCUGCUGCUCGUGCGCAGCGGCGACACCCCGGCCGUUGGCCGCGCCAUAAAGGUCUACACCAGCAAGAUCGACGAGCCAGAUGCAGACCGCGUCUGCGAUUUUGUGGAUUUGCUGGUCGGCGGCCUGCCGGACCCGCUGCGUCCUGCGUCGCCAGCAUCGUCCGGCACGAUCUGGCGCGCUAUGGCGGCGUCCAAGAACAGCAACAUCUUCUACGCUGCCUCGGACGAGGCAUUGUUUGCGGUCGACAUCAGCAAGACCCCCUGGGCGUUCAGCGGAGUGCUGAACAUCGCGACGCUGCCCAACGGCACCGCCGACCUGACCUUGGGCCCCAACGGAAAGCUGUUCUUUGCCCGCGCAGACCGCCUCUACGAGGUGGCGCUGGCCGGCGACCGCGUCACCCCGGUCUCGUUCCAGCAGAUCAAGCAGACCGGCUCCCAGAACGCGGGCGCGUUCUGCACGCCCGACCUGGCAUAUGCGGUGUCUGGCAGCGCCGGCCGCGAGCUCGUAGAGAUCAAGGCGCCCUACCCCUCAUCGCAGUCUGCCCAGCUGCAGUCGCCGUCCUCGCCGCAGCCGGUCACCGGCGCCGCGUCGGUGCAGCUGUGCGGCAGCGUGCCGCCGUCGGGCUGCGGCGGGAGGAGCAGGGGCAAGGGGAAGAAGUUCAUGUCGACGGACGGUGGGGGCGGCGGCGGCAUGGGCAAGGGGUCCACCGGCGGCGGGGCUAUUCCGUUUUACAAGCCCUGA